AUGGCAAACCACUCACAACUUAACUUCCAAGAUGCCUCAUCCCCUAUCAUAGAAGAACUCAUAGGAUUUCACGACCACGCACUAAUAGUCGCCCUAGCAAUCUGCAGCUUAGUCCUCUACCUACUAACCCUUAUACUUACAGAAAAACUAACCUCCAACACAGUCAACGCCCAAGCAAUCGAACUAGUCUGAACAAUCCUUCCAGCCAUAGUCCUAAUCAUACUAGCCCUGCCAUCCCUACGAAUCCUAUAUAUAAUAGACGAAAUCAACGAACCAGACCUAACACUAAAAGCCAUCGGCCACCAAUGAUACUGAUCCUACGAAUAUACCGACUUCAAAGACCUAAUAUUCGACUCCUACAUAAUCCCAACAACAGACCUACCCCUAGGCCACUUCCGCCUACUAGAAGUCGACCAUCGAGUAGUAAUCCCCACAAGCUCCACCAUCCGAGUAAUUGUCACCGCUGACGACGUACUCCACUCAUGAGCCGUACCAAGCCUAGGAGUAAAAACCGAUGCAAUCCCAGGACGCCUAAACCAAACCUCCCUGUUCGCAUCCCGGCCAGGAGUCUUCUACGGACAAUGCUCAGAAAUUUGCGGAGCCAACCACAGUUUCAUACCAAUCGUAGUAGAAUCCGCCCCACUCGCCAACUUCGAAAACUGAUCAUCCUCAAUCUCAUCCUAA